AUGCACAGCAAAAGCCGGCUGCCCGCGGAGCUGCCACCGCCGCCCGGRCCGCGGCCCCCGGGGCGGAGCGGGGCGGCCUCCCGAGCCCGCCCAGAGGAAGUGAUGGAGGCCGCGGGAGGAGGAGGCAGAGCCGCCGCGGAUCGUGUUUACUUGGUAGAUACGUUAGCUGGAGAUCCAAAGCUUCUCCAAGCAGAUGCUGAAAUGUAUUAUGAGAAACUCCUGAAGAAAUCGUUGUCUACCCCUGACAUUUUGUCCAUCCCUGGAGGAGAAAAGGUUAAACUUGAAGAUUCCUGUGUGUGUUUUGUCCCUCUCUACCGAAAUAACCCUGCUUGCAAAAUGCUGCUGUUCACUGAUCCACAGGAUAAAGAGACAGUUUUGGCAGUUUAUUUGAAYCAGUCCUGGUGGCCGAUCGAAGAUGUAAUAAAGACAGCUGAUCCUUCCAGAGAUGGGCUGAUUUUGGUCCAGACGUUUGCAGAAAGGAUUGUCCUCUUUGUUCUGAACUACGUUAUUUUUGGAAUGCUGGAAGGGAGUUCAGCUAAUGAUGCAUUCUUUCUACCUCACUCUGCUACUGAGUGUGCCAAGAUACUCUGGAGAGAYGGUGAGGCUGCUGCCUUUUAUACAGUCAAGAUGAAAGGAAGCCUUUGUGAUGAUGUUACCAGUCAGUGUUAUUUGCUACCAGUUUUGGAUACUAUAUUUGUCCAACGAAAGUACAGAAGAAGUGGCCUAGGGAUGAAAAUGCUGCAUGAUUUCUGUCAGUCUUUCGUGGCUGAGGAUGCCUUAGGGAUCAGCUGCCCUAUUUCUGCUGCCAUGUAUCAAGUUUGCCAGAAAUUCUUGCAGAUUUAUCCUGAGGAGCAGAAUCGACUGUGGGAGGUGGAAGCACCAGGAGACUGGAGCCAACGAGUGAAUAUCUGGUUAAAACUUCAGAUGGAGUCRGCCCUUUCAGAAAGUGAGUUAAAAUGA